AGGUAUUGGAACAAGUUUAGCCUCAAGAAUAAGUAGGGAUGCUCUUAUGUCACCUAGAAGAGUAAGUGAACAUUCUUAUAAUGUUUAGAAUUCUGUAGAACAACAAAUUUUUAUUUUAUUUUUUCUUAUUUAUCGUUUUUCUCUCAAUUUAACCAUAAAAUUGCAUAUUUAACUACUUCAAAUUUUUUUAAAAUAAUUUAUUUUAUGUCCAUUCAUGUGCUUCUUUUUAUUCUGUUAAUGUGUUAUAUCAUUUGUGAACAGAGAACCAAAAGAGAAUUUUUAUUUAAACAAUUAUAAUUUACGAAGCUCAUUUUUUUUCAGACCCCACAAAGGGAAUUUAAGUUAACCAUAUCCCAUUUAUGACGCUCAUGAUUUUUCAGAGCCCAAGAGCUUUUAAGUUUAGUAGUGCUCAGAGAAAACCUUCAGGGUUCCUAAACAGAACUCCAGGCUUCAGUAUGAAUACCAGCAGACUAUACAGUUUCUUAAAUACCACCCCUAAUUGUUCAUCUAACAACACAGUUGUGACGUCAUUCCUCAAAAGGAAUACUCCACCCACUAAACAGAACAUACAUGUAAGUCAGAUUUUGUUUAUUUGAUUAAAUAUUGUAGAAGUAGUACUGCUUUAAAUAUUUUUCUCAUUUAUGAAUGCUAAUACUGUCAAAUCAAGUACUAAAUAAAAUGAGUAAAACAGAAUAGGGUUAAACCUGAAAAAAUAAACGCAACAAAACAGCAAACGUGUCGGCAGAAAGCCUUCGUCAGCGAACAAAACAACAGAAAAAAACGGUAUAAAAAUAAGAAAUAGCACUUAGCUGGUAAGUAGUAUCUGUGGGCAGCAAUAGAAGUGUGGCAGAAGGAAAGUGAGUGAGAGUUUAAAUAUGCAGCAGCGAAAAAAAGGGGGAGAAAAAAGUUCACUAUUAUUGGUCAGAACGUGGCUGGGCGGAGCUAGGGUUAAGCUGUGAACAGAGACAUAACAUUAAUCCCAUCUGGCGUCAAAGUGCCGUAAGUCAGGAUAAGUCUGUGUUCCAAAGUGACCCGGCUGGCGGUGUUUGUGCUAGCCACAAUCGCACUUAUUGAAAAGUCUGCCUUGCCCUGGUGGUUGCUACUAUUGAAGUGUUUGGAGACGGGACACUGUUUAUCUUGUGUAAUGUUUCGGUACACCUGUCUGAGAGACGGCGUCCAGUCUCCCCUAUGUACGUCAUCUGACAGCGGGUGCUGACAAUGGCGUAGAUAACGUUGCGGCUCGUACAGAGGAAACCGUUGCGUAUCUGAAAACUGCCCUAAGGGAAACGUAUGUGUUGAGUCUCAACCUGAUUGCAGUCUCUCCCCUUAUUACCCCAAAUCAAGUACUAGUAUUAUCUAAUUUAUUUCAUAAAUUUUUAAAAAAAUAACCAAUUGGUUAGGAAUCUCAUAUUUUUAUACACACUGGAAUAAUUUGUGUAAUUCAUUUAUAGACAGAAAAAUAACCACAGAAUAAGCAAAAACAAAACCACAUAUUUUUUAUUGAAAUCAUGAAAUUUUCACUACAAUUAGUGAAAUUAAAGAAAUAAAAUAAUAUUCGACCCCCAGGUUAUCAUCUGAUGUGGUAAUUUCUGGGACAUUAACAGCAUUUAAGGCUAUUGUUUUUUAUUUUUAAGGGGGGGGGGGGGCUUAACAUCACCAAGUAGUAAUUAAAAUAUGAUGCCAAGAAAAAAUAAGCCUAUUCUAUACCAGGUUUUGAUCGUUAAACAAAGAGUCGUGAAGGAGGCAACUUGAUAUUGCAUUUUCAACAGGUGUGGAUUUUUUUUUUUUAAAUUUAGUUUCAUUUUAUUGUUUCUAGGCCAUUCAAGAACAAAAGAAAUCAAGAAUGAUUGAAAAAGAGAAUCGUGAUAGGGAGAGACUAAAGAAAGCUGCUGAGCUAAAACAGCGAAGGAUAGAAGAACUUAAAAGGUAGGUUUAUUUACUGAAACUAUGUAUAUGUUGUUCUUUAUAUUAUUUUAAGUCCUAUAAAUACAACUUUUCAAUAUUAACAAAUCUUUGGGUAGUCUGCAGAAUAUCCAAAUCACUUUAUAACAGAGUUAGGAAUUUGAGCUGAUAUUCCAUCACUAUGAUGUAUUUGAAAAAAAAAAUUAUUUUAACAUACAAGCUUAGAUACAUGAUACAUUUUUUCAACUUAUGGAGCUGGGGCACCCUUUUGUGUGUGAUUAUAUUUAUUUAAUGCUAUAUUCUAUAAAUUACAAGUUGGGUACGCUUAGUUUUUAAAAUAAUCUUUCAUUGUCAUUCUUAAAAAAUUAACCCUAAAUACCACAAUUGUACAUUUUCUCAAAUUAAAAAGAUGAACAAAGCUAUAAAUACAUUUUGAUGGAAUAAAAAAAGGGGUUAAAACAAGAGCAAUUCAGAUAGAUAUAAAUGAACCUAAAUUUUUUAUUUCAGAUAACAAUUUGGAAAAUAAAAUAUUGUUAAGAAGUUCUUAUAAAUAGUCAAAGUAUAUUAAAAUUGUAUUUUAAUUGUUUUGGAAGGGAUUCAAUUGUAUAUUAAGGGGAGGAGGGGUUAUGAAAAAAGCAUAUUUAUAUUUUUCUAUUGUAAAUGCCAGGGGCUCUCGAACUUGAAGGAUUUGUUACGGUACUAUUUAAAAACAUGAACAUAAUUUAAAAUUUGACCUCGAUGUCUGUAUUUAUUUUGGAUUAAUUACCUAAGUAAUGUACCACUUGAACAGUUAGAGAAUCAAUGCUUAUUAAAAAAUAAACAAAAAUUGUAUUUAUAGGCAAAGAGAAGAGAAGGAGCGUAGGGUUGCAGAAGUGCGAGAGCAGAAAAAUCGUAUUGAACAAGAGCAGAAGGAUAAGAUGACUAAGAAAUUUGAGGAUCAGUAUUUACAGACAGAAAAAUUAUUAGAGGCACGGCUCAAGGAAGAAAAAGAGAGACAAAAACUCAGGUAAGCCUUUUUGUAUCAAAAGAGAAAACAUAUAAUCAUUCAUAUUUAAGGCUUAUAGAAAGAUGUCUAGCAAACAUGUCUUUUGUCAUGUAAUAGAGAUGUACUUUUUUAAGUAAUGGGACAAUGUAUCGGAAUAAUUGAAAUAUCAGGAUUUUUUCCAAAGCAUCGGGAAUCGGUAUCGGAGCUGAAUAAUUCAGACCCGAUUCCGAAACCAAAACAAUUCUUAACUGAUAAACUGCCGUAAGCCGGUGAACUCAAUACUACAAUGUAGUAAUUAUAAUUAAUAUUUUAUUUUUUGUUUUUUGGAAUUAAACAAUAAUUAUAAUAAUUAAACCUUUUCUCAAAAAAGUUAUAUAAAAUGUUAUUUUGUGAAGGGAAACUUUUUCCUAUUUUGUAUGUACAUGAAUAAUAAUUUCAUGUGUAUAUUUAAUACAGAGUUUUUAUAUACACAUUUUGAAAUUUUUAUCAAAGACACUAGCUACAUCUUUGUAUUAUUAAAAUGGAAUUAUUGAUAGAUGUGUAUAUAUAAAACCUUUCCAAGACAUUGCUAUCUAGCAUAUAGUAAAGCUUCAAUAGCAAGUUAAUAAACUUUUCUAAUCAAUUCUCAACUUUUAUAUUAAUUAAAUAUGUUAAUACCUGGGCACAGUAAUACAUAUAUGUAAUAAUGGCAAGGAAUCAUAUCGGGAUAAUUGGGUAGAAUCGGAAUCGUUUAAAAUUUUGGUAUCGUCCCAUCACUAGUACUUUUAUUAUUGUUGAAAAUAGAUGAUGAAGCUUACCAAGUAAUGACCACAAUUUCUUUUAGCAGUGUCUAUAACUGAAUGUGAUCCGGUAGAUUCUUUCUAAUUAGAGACCCACCGAUAUUGAUUUUCUGAUUUCGGCCGAAACCCAAAUCAAAAGUUUUAUGAGACCUUUUUUAAGAUAUUUUGCAAUUCAUUUACGCACACAUUCCACAAUAUUGAAAAAUGAUGGUGGAACUCUUCCACUAAACCAUACAUUUUUGUUGACACAUGCUUUCUUAUUGGCUGACCUAUAAUGUUUCGUUUGUCUGCAAUUAUUAUUUAUCGGCUAAUUUUAUAUUUGAUCCAGGUCAAACAAAAGUCUAACUAAGUUUAGUAUGAUAAUACUGUAGCAGAAGCGGUUACGCUGGAACUCUCAAUACAGUACAAUAUAGUCUUAGAAUAGUACUUUACCAUCUCAAAAUCUUACAGUACCGUAUUGUAACAGUGAAGGAAUAAACAUAAAAUAUAAUGUAUACAAUAACUAUUCACAUCGCAUAUCAAAUUCAUGUCACUUCUUAAAGUAGAAGACUGACGUUUAUAUACAGUGCAUUAUUGCAAAUAAAAAUGUACACUUCCUUUGCCACUUUGAUAGAAGAAGAUGUGGUGCAGUAGUGGAAAUUGAGAACGCCCUCCGAAGUCAGCCUAACAAAAGUAGGGAUGGGGUUUGUUGAGGAGGCUGGACACACACACCCACCUUCAUUUUUUUAAAUUCAAAACGCCGGUUACACUGUUGUGUAUACCUUAAUAUAAUUUUGUAUCAUUGUAGAAUUGCUCGAUCAGCCUCUAUUUCUAAUUAUCAUUUUUCAAAACUCAAAAAGAUAAAGAUAUUGUGGCCUACUGCUCAGAUGUUACUGGAAUAAAACUUUAAAAAUAUUUUGUGUCAUGUAUUUCAACUUCUUACUAGGCUAAAAAAGCAAAUGGAAGCUGAUGCAAGGAGGAAGCAGGAAGAAGAAGAAAGGCAAAAACGAUUUUUGGAACAGGUUAGUAUCAAUUUUGUCAUUUCUGCUUUGUGUCUGGGACUGCUUUAAACCUGAAUAUAUACUUUUAAGAAACAAACUGGUGUUUAGAAAAUCAGCUUCAAGGUCAUUUGAGUAUUUUUAAUAGACAGGUGAAGUAACACUAACUGAAGGAGCAAACGAUCUAAAAUUUAAUAAUAAGCUUUGGGGUUGUCCAAAACUAUGUGGUGCGCGACAUGGGAAGUGGGUAACAACAUAUUGUAUUGUAUUUUCAUCAUAAAAUAAUCUGUUUGUUUGAAAAUGUAGGGCCAACCCACUCUUCCUGAAAAUACAAACUUUGCACCCAUAAAAAUGACUAAAUUUCUCUUUUUCGUUUUAUCAAUAAAUUUUACCUUUUUAUUAUGACUAUCUAAAUUAUUUUUAAAAUUAAAAAUGUUACAUUUUCAGGAAAAAGAGCGUUUAAAGCGGCAAGAAGAAGAAGCCAAGCGCCUUGCUGAACAAGAGGCACUAAAACAGGAGUUCCAGAAAAUGAUUAAUAAACACAAUAGUAGUAUAACCCAUUCAAAGCCACCACCACCAGCUUCUGCUAAUGUUCCACAACAAAGCUCAACAUCUAACAAUAACAAACAGCCUACGAAAUCUUCAACAAGGUCUGUAUUUUUAUAUAUAUGUAUAUGUAAUUUCCUACAUUUGUCAGAGGCAUUGUUUGAAUUAGACUCUUAACUAUCAUCUCUGUCUUGCAGUUUUUCUGUUUUCAGCUUUUUUUAACUCAAAAGAAGUGUUCCCUUAUAAAUGUCUGUGAAAGAAUUUAAGGUUAGAAUUUUUAAUCAUACUUUAUAUAUAAUGUAGUAUUUACUGUUAAAUGUUUAGCUCUGCUAAUAUACUAAUAUAAAAUAUUUUCAACAGCUAUGAUAUGACACCAGUAAAAGUAAAAUCAUAUGCACCGAUGAAGGAUCCUGAUAACUAUGACAUUGAUGACAAGGAAUCAGAUGAAUCAACGGAUGAUGAGGAGGAUCCUAAGAAAGUAAUUCCAAGUUGGGCAUUAGGUAUGUCAUUCAUUGAAACUUUUAGUGAUUAUUAUGGAAGAUGUUGGUAAGUAGAUUUAUUAUGUAUUAAACCAUCAGUUUUCAAGAGGGCUUAAAAAUGUUAUGUAACAGUUAGGGUCAAUGCUUUUAUAAGACUGAUAAAAGCAGUUACUAAGUCAAUAUAUUGUUGAGGAGUUCUUCAAAGACAAGGGAAUUCCAUUUGAUAGUGCUGAUUGACAACACCAAUGACUGGUUGUAGUGAAUGUGUGUCUCCAACAGUUAAAAACAACUGAUUACCUACUUAAUUCAUCAUAAUAACACCAAUUUUGUGUAUAGUUCUGAAAUGCUUGCUAUUCAAAUUGAUUUACAUGGAAAGAAAAUGUGAACUUUAAAAAAAAAAUUUAAAUCUCAUCUCUACUAUUGUAUGAAAAUAAACUAUAUCUAAGUAGAAAGCAAGUUAUAGUUGGAUAGAAGAUGGGAGAAAACAAGAUAAUAAUCAGAAACUAUUUUGCCAUGCAACUACUUGGAAAUUCUACAUAAGUAUAUAUCUGAACAAUUUGAGGAUCUUAACAUAAUUAAACAACAAUCCAUCAUCAGACCUGUUUACUCUUACGAUUUUGGCGUACAAUGUACGAUUUUGAGAUGUCUUUUACGAUUGUACGCCGAGACCCGCCAAAACUACGAUUUUCAGAGAGCCGGUGAAAAAAAAAAUUUUCCGAUUAAAAUUCGUUUGUUGAAGUUUUAGCCUUUUCCAAUAAAAAUCUACAGGUGAAUGAAACGAGAAAAACGAUUGGUUGUAAUUUUUUUUUAAAGUUGGGACCAUCCUUCAUUAUAUUUAUGUGCGCGCUGAGAGGGGAGGUGGGGGUUGUUAAUGAAGGAGAUUUGCGGCAUUUGUGUCACACUGAACUAGUUAGCUGCGUCACCGGUAAUAUUUAUACUAUUCACCGCCAUCCCCUUUGACUGCUACCCAGCGUGUGACGUAGUUUUGUUCCCUUGAACCGCGGCGAUGGUGAAAACUAGAGACGAGACGGUUUUUACAAUCAAAUACUUGAUCCCACUGUUCUGCACUGGAAUGUUGGACGUGGACAUAUUUGAUAAGAGCUUGUCAGCGGCAUUUAACAAAUAUUGGUAGAACUCGCAAAGCAGCUCUUGACCCUCAGCGCUUGUAAUACGACAGUUUGGUAUCACUACUAAUACUGCCCCCCACCCCCACCCCUUUUUUUAAACGGAAAAAAUCAGACGACAGCUCAAUUUGUUUCCCUUAUAUUGAGUUGGGGGUGGGGGGUGGUUCUGCCCGGUGGAAAUAAUAACGUCACCAGCACGGAAAGACGAAUUACUGGACUACAGUGUGUUAUCACUAUGUCAUGUUCAAUUUUACAACUACAGGGAUCUCUUUAUGAAAACACAAAUCAUUAGUAGCUUUUAUGAGUAGGCCUAUAUGCUUACUGCGAAAUAUUGGAAUAUUUCUUAUAGCCUUAAUAAUAAUAAUAAUAAAAGGCCUUAUUAGAAUUCACGGAUUUCACAGAUUUUCAGAUGACAGUUGGCUCUAUAAGAGACUGUCAGGAUAAUUAUUGUAUGCUUAAAUGUAGGUGCACUCUAUUGACCCCUCAUCAAAUCUGUCAUAGCAUCCUCAGUGCGUAUAUAAUACGUAAUAGUUAGAUGGUCCUUUGUUUUACGUUGACAAGGGGGAAGCCAGGGCGGUUGGAGGAUCCUUUGUGAGGGAAAUGUUGUAUGGCUCAGCUCAACAGAUGGAGUUGAUAGCCAAUUUACUAGCCGGGGUCAUAAGAGAGUAAUCUCAGACCCUCGCCAGAAUAUGUGUGUUAGUUAGUUAGUAGCAAUCAGAGGCAAAAUGAGUGGUGUGGAUUUAGGAGAUAGUGUGUAUGGUGCGGGUCUAAAUGUUUAAAUCUAUACAAUCAACUCCGCCACCUACAUUUUCGUAAUGUCAGGGAGGGUGGAUGGGGGGGGGGGGAUAUUCCUCGGCAGAAAGUACAUGCUGUAUUUAAAAAUACUACACUAUUCAUCCCGAAACUCUUGAAAGUCCUAAAAUAGCACAGUUAUAGCUCGAAUGCUGUAAAAUACCAGACAAUGUUUGCAUGAAUUACCGUCGUGAUGUUGUCAAGAUGUAUUUUCACAAAUGAUCUCGCUGGCUAUUUCUAAACUCAGUAGUAGAGAAAUUACAGUAAUCUUUAGUCCACCGAAUGGUAAGGCCACGUGCUACAUAUAAUUCGGUGGGCUACGCCAGUGGUUCUAAAAUUUUCGUUUCCCUGCGCCUUUGCCACACUACGUUUUCACCAGGCUCCCUGUGUCGAAUUCUAACAUGUACAAUUCGAAAUAGCGAAUACACAAAUAAAAUAAGGGUUGGAUAAAAAUAAAUAUAACGUGUAUGUAGGUCACUGAGCGCCAUCUGGAACUGCAAACAGCAAUUUCUUAGUGAGUUACUGUUACGACCGAAAGUUGUCCCAUUGGUUUAAAAGUGAAAAUAAAAUAAUGCAUUUUUAAAAAUAUUUCGCAACGCCCCGAUGAGGAAGCCGCAGCCACCCCCUUGCCCAGGGCGAUGUGGCGCUUAUUCUGGGAACCACUGGGCUGACAGAAUCACCAGUGGUAAAAACCCGUGUCACAUUUUGUUGACUGUAACAUCAUAAUAUACAAUGGAUUUUGUUAAGUUUAUGGGGGAGGGGGGGGGGCUGGGCUGGUGUUUUAAAGCUCACUGUACCAUACACACAAAAAGGUGUGGGGGUCCCAAUUCGUUACCGGGUAAUUAAUUCUUAUUUACUUAUUUUAAUACAUUUUAUUUUAUGCCCACCUGACGUCAAGUUUGAACAACGUUACAUUUCACCGGUGACUUUAUUUUUACCUGUGGCAGACUGGGAUAAUGUGAUCAGCACGUUAACCCAAAUAUUAAUUAAUAUAUUGUACUAGCCGAUACACGUCUGCAAAACAAAGUGACCGCAGUUUGCGGUUAACGUCAGUCAUCUACCGUUAACCUUCAGUUCUAUAUUUUGACGCCGGCUUAACUCGAUUCCACUGAACAUGCUAUAGGAGUAGUUAUUGUAUACAUUAUAUAUACUAUAUUUUUAUUUAUUUACUAUCAAAAUACUGCAUUGUACGAUUUUGAGACGAUAUUGUACGAUUUUAGGAGUUUGGGGGUAAACAGGUCUGCAUCAUAUACUAGGUAGAAACAUUCUUUAUCCGAUCGGGAUUAAUAGCAAAUCAUGUAUUAAAUGGCUAUUCAAGUGUUCCGUGUAUCCUGGUUUCACCCAGAUUUUUAUUAGAUUUGAUUAGAUUAUUAAUCGAUUAGAUUAUUUUUAAAUGAACUUUAACAUUUUAAAAAUUUAUUGAAGUGUACCUAUACCAUUUUUAAAAAAAAUAAAAAUUCCUUUACUUUUUAUCCUUAAACUUUAAUAUUGUAAAUAUAUUUAUUUUCCUCUUCAAAAAAAAACAAAACACAGGUAUUCCACUAAACACAGCUCUGAUCAGACAGUUCACAAACCCUCCAGAUCUAGAUGCCAUUUUUAGAUUUGAUUGUAUAGAGCCCCCUGAUCUAGAAAAAGUUUUUGCUGGCACUAAAAAGAGGCGAUACAAGGAGAGGACAAGCUCAGCAAUCUGGAAAUCUCCUGUGGGGGCUCAUUAAAUACAAAGUUGAGAUGUUCAGCUGCUCCUGAUGUUAAGACUUAAAGCUAUUCACUCAUGUGCACAGGAGUCACGUAAAUCAACAUUAAUCAGCUGGGAUAUUCUUAUAAAUUGCAUAUUGAUGUGAAGGUUAGAUGUUAUCUAACAACACUAAUAGCUAUAAAAGAGAUAUAAAUAUGUUAAAUAGUCAUUUAUACUGAUGGUAGGGGGCAUAAUUAGAAUGCAUGCUGAUAAAUAGUGCUUUUCAGAUUUUUAAUAAGUGCAGAUAUAUAGCAUUAUGAAAGAAAAACCAUGGCUACUCAUAAAUUUGCUGACCAAGCAUAAUUACCCUCUUAACCCUUAGUUAGAGCGCUUUUAGUACUAUGCAUUUUGGAUGGUUAUGUUUUUUAAGUAGAAAAAUUUAUCACUGAGCUAUAAAUUGUAGAGUUUAAAUGAUAUAAAGAAAUUUGACAUUGUACAAAGAACGUUACAUUUGAUUUUAUAUUUAUAAAGAAGCCAACUAUAAAUUAAUUAUUUUUUUUUAAUAAUUUCCUCUAAAAACUUAACAGUUUUAAAAUUUUACAUUUGUUUCAAAUUGUUUGAAUGUUCCUG